CUUGCUUUGGCCGGUGACGUAUGGAAACACACCACGAGCCGCCACCCGCGUGCGAGUGUGGCUACUCCCCGCCCGAGCCGCCCUCGUGCACAGUCUCCCCGCCCGAGCCGCCGGCGUGUGAGCGAGUGCAAUCCAGCGGGUUGGUCUUCAAUCCAGAGGCGCACUCGUGGAUUCUUGUGGACGACUCGCCCUCCCACUCGCCACGCCCCUCGCUCGCGCCCUCGAGCAACUCGCUGGCUCAGAGCUGGGCGGCGGGAGACAGCGAAGGUGAGAGCGAAGCCGACAGAGUCGACAGUGGGAUCGCCUCGAGCGGCGCUGCCUCCGCGUACGGGCUGGGCGGCGAGACGAGCGCAUCCGUCACGCCGCUUCCGCUCAGCCCGCUGCUCGGGCUCGGCUCGGACGAGGACGAGGUCCUCUCCGCGCAAGCGCUGAGCGAGAUUCUCGCGGCGGCUUGGCCGCUGCCGCUCUCGCACGGCAUGAGCCCAGACUCGCGGGACGAGGACGGGGAGGCGGCGCCCCCCGACUCGCUGCUGCUCGCCGCCACGCCGCCGCUCUCGCCGCGGCUGCCGCGCGGCUGCGGCGCCGACGAGUAUGCUUGCCCCAAGCCGCCGCCCGCGCCGCCACCGGGCGCGUGCGGCGCAGGCGCGCGUGACGGCGGCGCGUGCGCGCCGCCGCCGCCCCUCGAGUGGUCCGUCCGCGCAAAGUCCUCCGCUUGGAAGGGGACGUGGAGCAAGCCGCUCGUCGUCGUCGCGGCGCUGCUCGCCAGCCACACAGCGGUCCUCCUCCUCGGCAUCGCAAUCGGCCGACGCGUCUCCGUGCUGACAGAGUCCACGUCGGCCGGCGGGAGCAGCUUCCUCGCGCGCCGCUUCUCGAGCGGACCCGGCGGAAUCCACAGUCGGCUCUGCUUCGCCUGAGCUGCGGGGGAGGAGCGCCAGCCGCGCCACAACCCACGCCGCUGUCCUGCUGCAGCGCGAGCGGCUCCGUCUCGCGCGCGCGGCGGCGGCGGGCAAGGCUCUGCCUGUACACCUUGUGCGUGCGCCCCUCUCCCCUCUGUGAGGCGGACCCCAGAUGCCCCCUCCCCAGUUGCACUUGGUGCCGGACCCGUUUUGCCUAGCGCCGCCCCCGUCGCCCUCGAACGCCGUGCCGAGCAGCUUGCCGUUCUCGUCCCGAGCCCCCCCCCCUUCCCCCAGACGGUUAACCCUCCCGCAGCGAGAGGGCAGCGCGGGACAAGUCCGAAGUCGAGAGUCGGAGAGCGAGAGAUCGUAGGAUCGAGAGACAGAGACCGCUGGUGUAUAUACUUUUUUGCGAAGCGGGAACUUAAACAUGUGA